CUCUCAAGCAGUUGCGAUUUUUCAAGCCUAGUUUAUGCCGGCGCGGCGGCGAUCAGUUGAAUCAACCAAAGUGCCAAGGACCAGCGCGACCAAAUCAUCCAGAGCAAUCAGCCGGGCAAUAAUGAUCACCAAACGCAUUAGAAAACCGCGGCGAGCUGGAAAGCCGGCGGCGCGGAGGGGAGGCCGACAGGCGACAGGCAGGCGGCAGCCGGAAAGGCACCCGCCCCCCCAGCUUGGCCACAGCCACUGCCGCCGCUCCUCCUCUGCUUCUUCAUCUCUUGCCUUUCUCUGACGAGCCGCCACCCAAGAAACUGCCCAGAGCAGACCCGCCCCCAUUGCCUCCCGGCGCAGCAGGUGUGGGUUCCGCUUCCGCUCCUCCUCGGCUUCGGCGAUUCGGGGAUUCCGGUGGUAGGGAGGGUGCCGUCGAUUUCUCAUUUUGCGAGCUUCCUGGGGAAUGGGGGUGUUGCGGUUCUGCCCGGCUUUUUAUUUGUCGAAUUCGGGUUUGUUUGCCCGGCCUUUUGUUAUCUUUUUGGAUGUCCCGGGGAUCAGCAGCAUAUGUUGUGGCUUUCUGCAAAUUGCUGCCAUUGUUUGAAGAAGAGGUCUCUGUUGGUUAAUCAUUGGAUGAACAACGUACAGACAAUACUCGGUUGGGCACCCCUUCUUUAUGCACGGUUUACAAGUAGCUUAUGUCUGUAACUGAAUGGCUGGCUAGUAGUAGGUAUUUCUUGGUUUAGUGUUGCCAUUUGCAGUUGUUGAAGGUUUACUCAAAGAUUAACCUUUUGGCCCGAGCAUCGGCAGAAGCACAAGCCAUUUCAGCAGCUUAUAUUUUCUGGGUGAAGGAACUUUUUUUUUGGAACAAUUUUUGGGGCUACUUACGUCAAAUACAUAACUUUUGAAACUUGUUGCUAUUUACGUCAGAUACUGUUACCUUUUUCUUGCAGUUCUUUACAUCAGGAAAGAAGAGCAAGAAGAGUUCAGUAGGUCACCAUGCGCCGGUGGUUUUGCUGCACUCAUUUUGACACACCAUAUCUCGAAAAUGAGAAUGGAUUUACAAAAAGUCCGGACAGAACAAGUGGAAACAGUCUAACUUCGAACAGUGAUCCUGCGAAACCACCUUCCAUUGAAGUACCGGCAUUGUCGUUUGAUGAACUGAAAGAAAAGACAGAUGAUUUUGGGUCAAAGACUUUGGUUGGUGAGGGGUCAUAUGGAAGAGUAUAUUAUGCUGUUUUGGAAAAUGGAAAACAUGCAGCCUUGAAGAAGCUUGAUGCUUCAGCAGACCCUGAGCCCGACAAUGAAUUUCUAGCGCAGGUCUCCGUUGUUUCAAGAUUAAAACAUGAAAAUUUUGUGGACAUGCUUGGUUAUUGCAUUGAAGGAGAUCAACGUCUGUUGGCUUAUGAAUUCGCUACAAUGGGCUCCCUACAUGAUAUUUUGCAUGGAAGAAAAGGUGUCGCAGGUGCGCAGCCUGGUCCUGCUCUCGACUGGAUGCAAAGAGUCAGAAUUGCUGUUGAUGCUGCAAAAGGUCUUGAGUACCUUCAUGAGAAGGUUCAACCUUCCAUAGUCCAUCGAGACAUGCGAUCUAGCAAUGUUCUUUUAUUUGAGGACUAUAAGGCUAAAAUUGCGGACUUCAAUCUUUCAAGCCAAUCUCCAGAUAUGGCUGCUCGCCUACAUUCUACCCGUGUCCUCGGAACCUUUGGAUAUCAUGCUCCAGAGUAUGCUAUGACUGGCCAACUGACUCAAAAAAGUGAUGUUUAUAGCUUUGGAGUUGUCCUUUUAGAGCUUCUAACUGGAAGGAAACCUGUAGAUCAUACAAUGCCAAGGGGCCAGCAGAGUCUUGUUACUUGGGCAACACCAAGGCUCGGUGAGGACAAGGUGAAACAAUGUGUUGAUCCAAGAUUAAAUGGAGAGUACCCUCCAAAGGGUGUUGCCAAGCUUGCGGCAGUGGCAGCUCUCUGCGCUCAAUAUGAAUCUGAGUUCAGACCAAGCAUGAGCAUUGUAAUCAAGGCAUUGUCUCCCCUUCUUGUAAAUGCACCCUAUCAAGCGGCUGCGGCUCCUGAUACACCUUCAGAAGCCUGACAAAAUGUUCAACUCAACUCAUGUAAAGAAAUAGCAUUUGUUUCUGGGUAAUACCAAUUUUAUCAAUUAUUUGUCUUUUUAUACAUCUGAAUUAUGUGUGUUUACUAUAGAGGAAGGGGGAAGAAAGGAGUAAUGCAAUUUUUUUAACACGUGUACUUCAUAUGCUUGAGAACGGCUGCAAUUAAUCUUUGCAUCUGUAUGUUUCAUCCUU